AUGUGCUGGUCGCGUCAAGGUAUUCUGGAGUUUUUCCACCACCAGUUGAAGGACAUUGUGGAGUAUGCUGAGCUGAAGACCGUGUGCUUCCAGAGCCUGAGGGAAGUUGGAAAUGCUUUGCUCUUCUGCCUUCUGAGUGAACAGAGCUUGUCUCAAGAGGAGGUGUGUGACUUGUUGCAUGCAGCACCAUUCCAGAACAUCUUGCCAAGAGUUCACGUUAAAGAAGGUGAGCGUCUGGAUGCAAAGAUGAAGCGUUUGGAGGCCAAAUACACUGCAUUGCAUUUGGUGCCUCUGAUUGAGCGUCUGGGAACCCCUCAGCAAAUUGCCAUCGCCCGAGAGGGUGACCUGCUGACUAAAGAGCGCCUGUGCUGCGGUCUCUCCAUAUUCGAGGUCAUUUUGACUCGCAUCCGCGGUUAUCUGGACGACCUAAUGUGGCGUGGCCCGUUGCCCAGCAACGGCGUGAUGCACGUGGACGAAUGCGUGGAGUUUCACAGGUUGUGGAGUGCCAUGCAGUUUGUGUACUGCAUCCCGGUGGGAGCACACGAGUUCACUGUUGAGCAAUGUUUUGGAGAUGGUCUGAACUGGGCUGGUUGCAUGAUUAUCACAUUGCUUGGACAGCACAGACGCUUUGAUAUCCUGGACUUCAGCUACCAUCUCCUUAAGGUGCAGAAACAUGACGGCAAAGAUGAGAUCAUCAAGAGUGUGCCUCUAAAGAAAAUGGUUGAACGAAUUCGCAAGUUCCAGGUUCUGAAUGAUGAAAUCUUCGCCAUUUUGAACAAGUACCUGAAGUCUGGGGAUGGAGAGAACAUGCCAGUAGAACAUGUCCGUUGCUUCCAGCCUCCGAUCCAUCAGUCCUUGGCCAGUAACUGAGAUUGACGUACAUUUGCUCCAAUUAGAAGUGGAAGAGAUGGUAGAGGGGAACAUAUUUAGCAACAAGUUUAGCCUCAUGUUUAGGACCAGUUUCACUGUCACAUUCUACUUAGAGACGCCUUUCUUACACCAGCCUGUAGUGUUCACAGAGCCAGUAAGUUGCCUUGUGAUUAGUCGAGUGUUUGGUAAGCACCCGACCAGUUGUACCAUUAUUGGUUUUGUCUCAGGCUUUGGUAAAUUAGGCCAAAAUAUGUUUUAAAAUGAUGUAGACAAACACGGCCCAGUUUUACUUCGUGUAUGUCAGGUUGAUUUUAUUUUGUACACACACUCGUGCCUUAUUAUAGAUAAAUGACUUAUCUUUUAUAUGUUAAUGAUAGCACAGCACUACUCGUUUUCAUGUUUUAUACUUGGGGAAAGCAGUGGGAAAGGGUCAGAAAAUGGCCAAGUGGGUUUUAUCAACGGAUUAUUUAAGCUUUUGCUGUGGUGAGAGACCAGCGGUAUAUUUCUGUGUGGUGUUUUGGAAUGAUUAUAUGCAAGAUCUUUUUCCUUCUGUUAUCCUGAAUAAAACUUUAAGCAUAACCAAGUUCUUACUCUCAAUAAACGUGCCUUUUUGUAUUUGAAUUAUGUAAUCAGAUUUUAAUUCAAUAAAUAUGUAUCAAACCCUG